AUGUUAAUUAAAAUUUUAUAUAGUGAAUAGCUGGGAAUUGGUUAUUGCAUUAAAGACGAUUCAAUAAAUAUUUUGAUUCGAAGACACUGUGGUCUCAAAAUCAAAGGUCAUUAUUUUUUAAGUUUGUUUGAGAUCUACUAUCUCUUAAACUACAAGGAGUGUAUGGUUUGCGAAUAUAAAGAGGAAUUGAAAGAACAGUAUGAUUUUGAACAGUACCACUGGAUAAACGACCCUGUGGAUUUUUUAAAUCUCUUCAAACCAGAUGUUAAUAGAUUGUGUGCUUAUAUGCAUAUAAGAAACAUGGAUCAUUAUUUACGACUUUAAUUGCCAGUAGAGUAAAUGGAGACAAUAAAUCAACAAAUUAAUAAUUUACCAAGAAAGAAAAUGAUAGAGGAUGAGCAAAAAUAAUAAAACAGGAAUUGUGAGUAUUUACUUUAUAGGGUUAUGAGUGAUUAUAAAAAUAAUGUGAGAGGAUUGAAGUUGUCUUUGGCUCUGUUUAAAGAUGGGGUGGAUGAAGGGAUGCUUAAAAGUGCAGAUGUGAUUGGUUUAAUGGAAAAUGGAGAAUUGA